UGUGUGUGUGUAGCCUUCACAAAAUAUCUCUCUCUCGUUACAUAAACACAAGCCUCACGUCUGAUUAUAAAGAACAAAUACACAUUUGUUUGUUUUGCCAUCACAACUUAUCUCUCUCUUUCUGUCUCCGUCAGUCAUGAUGAGAGUUACGGUGUCGAGGCCACAUACAGUCGCGUGUUACUGUCUGGUGGCGCUGCUGGUCCUAACACUGGCCGGUUCGGUUAAAAACAGCCACGGAGGAGGAAGCGGAGAUAGUUUCCGGACGGCGGCGGCGGCGAGGGAAAGAAACUUUGAGGUAUGGAGAGGGAAGCAAAUGAUGGAGAGGCCAUGUGAGGAGUUAUACGUAGUAGGUGAAGGUGAUACGCUUCACAGCAUCAGCGAAAAGUGCGGCGACCCGUUUAUCGUGGAGCGUAACCCGCAUAUCCAUGACCCGGAUGAUGUCUUCCCAGGUCUCCUCAUUAAACUCCACAUUAACCUCCCUGAAUAACAAGUUCCAUACGACGCCGUUUCUGUGUACAUUAUGAUUACAAGACAUAUAUAAUAUACAUGUAUCUUCCCUUUCAUUUUCUACAUUUUCUAUUUCUAUUAGCUUUUCCUUGUUUGGUUUUUGAAUGAGUGAGCAACUUUUUGUUA